AAGAAGAAGAAGAAGAAGAAGAAGAAGAAGAAGAAGAAGAAGAAGGUCAACGCAUGUGUAGAGAACAAACAGUUUGGACAAAUGUCUUAUAUCAAUAGAUAUUAGAUACCCCUCCGGGCUUUAGGAGAGGGAAACACGUUUUUGAAGGAGCGGCAGACGGUGUUUUUCUGCUACUGUUCACAGACACGUUAACCUUUAUUAUGUUAGCAUAACAAGCUAGCACGGCUCUUCUGACUUUCUGUGAGCAUGAUGGCCCGACAUCUUCAGGUCUUCUCUCUGCUUUCUAGACUUUGUUCUCCAUCGUCAGCAACUCCCUUAGCUUCUUUGAAAAGUUGCCGAUUCGCCAGCAGCAAACCAUGGUGGGGACAGAGCCAUGCUCACGGAAACAACAAGGCCUCACACAGACCCGAAAACAGCGGUGAUUUUUCUGAUGGAGAGCAGGAGCUGGAGGAUGAUGUGGAGGACAAGUUACAGAAUUUGUUUGUUGAGGAAAGGAAGAGGCGUAAGUCAAUGAAGUUCCACAGAAUAAUGAAACAGAUGACUCCAUCAGGACCUCCACCGAGAAAAUUAACAUGGGAUGCUAUUGAACAAAUAAGGUAUCUGAAGAGGGAGCAGCCGGAGGCGUGGUCUGUAAUGCGCCUUGCUGAGAGCUUCUCUGUCAGCCAAGAUGUCAUUUUCAGGAUCCUGAAAAGCAAGUUUAUACCCUCUACGGACAGAAAAAUCAAACAGGAUGCAAAAGUGCUGGCUGAAUACAAUCAGCAGGUGCUGCCUUCGGGUGCAGGGAAACAGCAGGCCAAGCUGAAAUUGCCUGGGGGUCAUACACCAGCUCUUCUAUCUGCGAAUAAGGAAAGUGCUUUUAUCGCUUUGACUGGUCAGGCUCAAGUGAUUCAAGGUAAAGGCUCAGGCUCCUCACAUAAAMGUUUAAUCUCAGUUACUGCUUCUGACAAGCAGCUGACAACAGAGCUGAGUGAAGAUGACACCCUGAGUAWACCCACAGCAGACAAGGUCAUUACAGGUACUGAGGUCACAGAGGGGGACCUCGAGGAGGAAGAUACCUGGGAUGGGCAGGUUCUAACAGAGAGCGAACUUGAGGAGCUUAUGGAAAUGAGUAAACCUCCUCCUCCUCCUGUGAAGCAUGGGAGUGAGUUCUUUGAUGAAGAGGGAAACUUUCUUUAUAGACUCUGAAAACAUGUCGAGUUGUUGGAUGAAGAUGUAUUUGAGGAGUGUCAAAAAUACUCAUCAGCUCAGUGACUUCCUGCAUUGAUUUGUACAAUGUUGCACGAUUGUAACUUUAGAAUAUUUUGUAUUGGUAGGUUAUAGUUAAUUAAAAAUGUCAACCUCCCAA